UUAAAUAUUUUGAGUCAGUUUCCCAACACCGGAACAGGACAGAUCAGAAAGUUGUGCAGUAGCAGGACAAUUUUAGAACUCACAAAACCAUAGUAGGCAUUAAUUUCAUCAGUGCAGAAAAUAUACAUAUUAUGGAUCAGCGAAAAAAAAUCCCAUUUCGUCCAUCACAUAUCAGCCGGGCCAAUAGUUAGAUUUCGAUGUUAUUUGUACAAUAAUUGCCUUAAGUUUGCUUGUGGGGUUGGCAGACGGCUUUUUGUGUCGUGUUGAGCGUAUUUUGUGUGAACUGUAAAGAAUUACGCACAUACUGCGUUUCUUUUGAGUAUUGCGGAAUACAAUACAUCUACUCAAAACGACAUUGUGAACUUGGGCCGGAGUAGUAUUUAAAGUUCCUUGCACCUUAAACCCGCCAUCACAGCCAUGGAUCGUAGCUGUUUACCCACGAGCAGACAGAGCUUCCGCAAUCCCUUCGGUCGAAGACCAUGGAUGGAGCAGAGCGGUGCCGCGGCAGCAGCCGGCGGUGGUACCGGUAUCAAAGGAAUCGUUGCCGGUGGAAUUACCGGCGGUAUCGAAAUUUGUAUUACAUUCCCUACCGAAUACGUCAAGACACAGCUUCAGUUGGACGAGAAGGGUGCCACCAAACAGUACAACGGAAUCGUGGAUUGCGUGAAGAAAACUAUCAAGACCAAUGGCUUCUUCGGGCUGUACCGAGGACUCAGCGUACUGCUCUAUGGAUCGAUACCAAAGUCAGCCGUGAGGUUCGGCGCCUUCGAGACAUUCAAAGGAUAUCUCAUGGAACCCAACGGCCAGCUGAGCACUUCGGGUAAAUUGUUGGCUGGUCUCGGAGCUGGUGUAGCUGAAGCAAUCCUAGCUGUUACACCGAUGGAAACGGUGAAGGUGAAAUUCAUCAACGAUCAGCGAAGUGGUAAUCCCCGGUACAAGGGUUUCUUCCACGGAGUUGGAUUGAUUGUCCGGCAGGAAGGUUUCUCCGGUGUGUACAAGGGACUUACCGCAACUAUCAUGAAGCAGGGUUCGAAUCAAGCCAUGCGGUUCUACGUCAUGGAGUCGCUGAAGGAAGUCUACAAAGGUGGAGAUCAAUCCAAACCAGUACCAAAGCUGAUGGUUGGUGCUUUCGGUGCGGUAGCUGGUGCUGUAUCAGUCUUUGGUAAUACUCCCAUAGACGUCGUCAAGACCCGUAUGCAAGGCCUGGAAGCCGCUAGAUACAAAAAUACCGCUGACUGUGCUGUUCAGAUUUGGAAAAAUGAAGGCCCUCUUGCCUUCUACAAGGGUACGGUUCCACGAUUAAGCCGCGUUUGCCUGGACGUGGCCAUCACCUUCAUGAUCUACGAUUCGUUCAUGGAACUGUUCAACAAGUUCUGGCACUAAACGAACCAAAAAUUGUCGUGCGUAAGAUCCUAACAUGACACGGAACACAAAAACCGCGCCGCCAAUCUGCCCCUUGCUAACGCACCUGAAUCACUUUUAUCAGGGAACUGUCUCUGCAAAGAUCCGAUGGGAGCAUUUGUAGAAUGAAGUAAUCAACCUCAAUGUUAAUUGUAGUCAACCUAGGCAGGAAAACGAAUCUUAAAGAAAGAAGGAUGCAUUUGUGUUAGUCGCAACGAACAUAGCUCGUUAGAGGGUGGGAAUCAUAUUAAUGUACGGGUAGAUUGUAAGCACUGGAACCUAACGAGACUUGUAGAGUGCACAAACAUGUAGCA